UUUUUGAAGUCUAUGAAUAUGAGACCGGUCAACUUGUCGUCAUCCAAAUUAAAUAAGAUCUGGUCUGUUAACUUUAUUAAUACUGGUUUGGCGGAGUGGUUAGGUCUAAAACCAGACUGGAAUCUGUAAAUGAGGUUGUUGGAUUGAAGGUAGGACCACAGUGAUUUUGCAACAUGUUUUUCAAUAACUUUUGAGAUGAUAGGUAAAAGUGAUAAUGAUAUGAUAUGACCUUCUCGAACCCGACUACGUUUUUUCAAUUAGGUGUAACUAAUGAUAUGCAUUUUUUUAUGCAUAUCAAUAACUUUCACGAAUCGUACGGUUCGUGAGCCACACUGACGAUCCGUAUCUUUUCCACAAUAUUGGACAUGAGUAAGGAAAGCUGCAUAAAGUCUACGAUUUCAAGAUGGACAAUCAACAAGAACCAAAGCACCAGCCAGAAAGCAGAAAAACUUUGUGUCUGUUCUUCACGUUUGGAUUCUUAGAGUACCUAUUGUUCAGUACAAUUAUAGCGAGUGCUGAAGACUUGCUGAAAGGAUUCUCUUCAUCAACCGGUAUGAUAUGGGUAGCUCUGGCAUUACCUUGUACAGUCCUGCCUACAAUUGUUCCAUAUUUCUUUGACCGCUUGCCUCCCUUACUCUUCAUCCUGGCUCUCUUUCCUCUAGCUAUUGGAGGCUUAUUGGCUCUUUUAUUAGGUAAUUCAGUGUGGUUUAAGUACCUUAGUGUUGUUUUAUGUGGAGUGAUUCAAAGCCUUGGUGAAGUAACUAGCGUCUCGUUAACAGCCUACUUUGAUAAAGUAACGGUCAAAUAUUAUUGCUUGGGGACUGGGUUUGGAUACGUCAUUGGGCCUCUUUAUUAUACAGCCAUGACCAGUUGGUUACACAUCUCUAGUUAUAUCAGCAUCUCUGCCAUCAUCAUCAUGAACCCAAUCGUCUUCCUUUCGAGCUUCUCGAUACUAGAAAACCGUCGAGGAAAAAUGAUUGAAUAUCAGAGGAUUGACGAGGAUCCCAAACAAGGUUCCCAAAAACACCACCAUCUCAAGCAGAAUCUUUCAAUGUCUGAAAAACUACACAGCUCGCUUAAAAUGCUCCCAGAAGUCACUCAAAUCUUCCUCGGCAUUUUAUUUCAUGAUCUUGUCCUCAGUGGCGUCACAACAACUAUAGCAUUUCCUGACUCGCCAUUUUCCUCAUCAGAUCAUUAUAAAUAUUAUCUUAUCAUGUCCUUUGCUGGUCUGUGUCUGGGCCGCUCGUAUCUGGGGAUAGCUGAGUACAUCAAGCCUGGACUGUCUGACAAGCUUCUCGUACGUCAUACGUGGAGUUUAGUUCUCGUCGCUUGUUUUCAUGUUCUAUUAUUAAUAUUCGAUUCGUUAUUCAGAUUCAUACCUAAUGUCUGGGUGAUAUUAUUCUUAGUUUUUUCGCUUGGUUUCUGGGCAGAAGCGAUUUAUCUUAACGUUAAUGUCAUCCUUGGUGAAAUCUCAGAUUCAAGGGCAAGAGAGUUAUCGAUGGGAUUAGCAGUAUUCGGAGUGGGUUUUGGAGCAUUGAUAGGAGCGAUUAUAUCACGACCUGUGGAGAACGUACUAGUGAAACACUGUGUACAAUUUACCAACCAAACUAGCUUUUGUUUGACGAGAGAAACGACAUAUGUUUCGAAGUAUUGAAGCGACGAAUGACAUUACCAGUAAGCUUGCAAUGCGAAGCAUUUACGGCCAUGCCGGAGAUUUCGGUUCUCACGCCGCUUUCCAGUUACUGAUCUGGAGGAUCGGCCAAAGCCUUAGGGAGAAGUUAGUUGGUUCCUCUUGAACGUAGAUAGGACGUUUGCAUGAUGUGGCAUCAAUUUACUAUAGUUGAUCAUGCGCAGCAAUUCCAACCUCGAAUUGGAACUAUUAUUCGUGGUCACUGAGCGGAACUGUAAAAUGGAGUAUUGAUUGACAGCCUGACUGAUUGAUUAACUGGCUGGCUGACUGAUUGUACAUACUGAUUAAUCUAAAGCUCCACCGUUGAAGAAAAGAGGAUACUGAUUACGCUUGCCCCAACAAGUUGACCUCCGUUGUUUGCAAGACGGAAAGGAAUUAUGGUCAUACAACCUCUAACUUCAACUUCCACUUCAUUUUGCGCAUCAUAUAAUGCUAAUAAAUUUUAAGAUAACAUGAAAUAUAUAUUUACAGACGAUUUUAAAAUGGCUCAAGCGUCGUACUAGAUCCUCAACACCAACCUUCGUGUUCUUGACGGGAAUAAUCAGAAUAAAAAAGACAAGUUCAGUA